AUGCUCACAGAAUCAUGCUGCUUGACGAGUAAACCACGCGCCAUAGACAAGCUAGAGCAAGAGUCCUUCCUCGAUUCUCUCCCUUGUUCACACCGGCCAUGCAUAUUCUGCGGUGUAUCCAAGGAGAACGGGUUCAAUGUGGUAUGGGAGAGCGACGACUUUACGGUAUUCACAGAUAUUAAUCCUUCUGCACAACAUCAUCUGCAGAUUGUCCCCAAGAAACACAUAGAGAGCGUGAAGAGUUUAGAUGCCUCCGACGUCCAAAUGGUCAAAGAGAUGCUUGAGAUCGGACAUGAAGUAUUAGACAAACUCGAUGUCCCUCCUCAUCUUCGACGGCUAGGGUUCCACGUGCCUCCUUACAUCUCGGUUACACACUUGCACAUGCACGUUCAGGCCCUGCCUUAUCGAACGUUCCUGCGCCGCAUGAAGUAUCCUAUCGUCCGCGGACGAAAUGGUCGUGAAAAGGGUAUAAGCUGGUUCGUCGAAGCCGAACAAGCCGUCCACAUUUUAGAGAGAGGAUCUCGAAUCCGCAUCUUGUCCUGUUGA